AGCGAACGCAUAUAAAAACUACAAAAUAUAUGAAAGAAACUGAACUUGAUCGUCUUUUCUCUUGGCUUGCUAGGAAACAUUACCCAUUCAAGAGAGAAUGGCUAAGAAUAUGCGUCCAGUAUAUCGAAGGAUCACUCGGACAAAGAAUUAAAACUGUUGAUGUGAAGCAGAUUGGUGAACUUGUCAUACAACAGUUUUUGAAUUCAAAAAUAUCCGAAGCUUUGGAUCCCACCAUGAAAAUCCCAACGAGCGCAGUAAAAGUUGUCAUUGUUAAAAGAAUGAUUUUCCAGGUUAUUUCCUCCACGAAUAUAUCAACAUCCUUGUACGAGCAAUUGUCAGAAUGUACUCGACACAACGAAGAUUUGGCUUGGUUUCAUGGCGGAUCCAAAGCUGAUCACGAAGAAGAAAAUCGCGACAAAGAAAAAGAUGUGGCCUCUGAUCGCAUGAAUCAUACGCAGACGAAAAAUGCAAUUAAGAAACGAGGAAUGCUGAAAAUUGAGCUCACCGAUGGUGUGAAUACUUUGAAAGCAAUCGAGUUAGACGAAGUAUUUGAUGAAAAAAUUAUGCUACCCGGUGCAAAGAUUAUUCUCACAGGAAAAGUUAAAUGUCGUCGUGGAAAUCUUCUACUGGAUAAAUCUAAUUGUGCUUUUCUGGGCGGCCGAGUGGAAUCACUAAGUUUUGAUAAAGUGGCACAAUUAUCAAAUGCAUUGAAGGUUGACUUAGACGCGGAGAAGAAACGAAGAAAAGCAUCUCUGGAAAACGCUGCUGCUUCUGUAUCACGAAAUAACAAGAAACAAAUAGACAAGAAAAAUCUUUCCCUUAAUCAAUCAUCGCUUUCUCCAUUUUUAGUCAAAACAAGUCGAAUAACGGGAGAGGUCACUGUUCCGGUGAAACAGUCUUUGGUGCCUACUGCGUCACGUAUUCUACCAUCUUCCGUAGCAGUUAUUCCCAGCAUUCAAAUAGAGAAACCAACAGAUCCUAUUGAAAAUUGGGAUUUUUCAAUCGAAGAAGUUCCGCAAGAACCAACUCCAGAACCACCAAGUCAUCAUGUACGGGGCCUUGUUGAACAUUAUCCAUUGCGUUCAAAACCACAAGAUCCGCUCCCACCACCUCCAACGAAGCGUUUAUCUUCAUUAAUAAUUGAUAAAAAUUCGAUUUCAAAAGUGUCCCAAAACAUUUCAAAUCAGGUCGAGAAAGGUCUACUGCAAAACAAGACGAUCGAAGAUUGGACUUUCAAUUCGACAAAUUCCUUUGACAAAUCUAAAAAAGUUAUGUCUAUUGAUAACUCUAAAGAUCAAAAAAUGAAAAUCAAGGAACUUCCUGGACAACUAAUACGACCGACUCCAAUCGAAAAACCUAUAAUCGGUGAUCCUAGAAUGAACAGUGAGAAACGCAAAGAUGUUUCCGUAUGGGUUUGGGAAGAUCGGAAAGGAUCAGAAGAGGAAGACAUUGCGGCGAAAAGGAUCAAAAAGAUAGAUUCAGUUAUGGAGAUUCCAUUAUGUUUUGUGAAGGAAACAACUCGCCAAGCGAAUCGAAGUAAUGAAGAGAGUCGUCAUAAAUUAAAUACAUUUGCGCAAACAAUUCAUGGUCCUCGUAGCAAGAUUGACGAUUUUCGAGUCAAAUCGAACAAUGUUCCCGUUUUCAAACAAAUUACAGAUCACUUUAUAACUGUGAAAAGUAAUCCUAAUUCAUUCACAUCUUCUACGCGUCAUACACCACCUCAAAUGCCGAAAGUAGUCGAUUUUGGGAAUUUUGAAGAUUAUGAUGAAGAUUAUGAAGAUGAAGUUCUGCCAACAUCUUCGUUCCGAGAUCAAUUAAAACAAAGAAAAAGUCUAGAUAAUCAUGGAGAAGAUGUAGUCUUAGAAGAAGAAAUGGAUCAUGUAGAUCACGAUGAAUCUAUAAUUGAAUGUACAAUGGAUCAUGAGGGACGUUUGGAAUGCGAACGAUGGGGAUUGCGUGGAAGGGAAUCGAAUAUUAUUGAGGAUGAUAAACGGAAUGUUUACAAUGGAUAUAAUAUGAAUAAUAAUAUAGAACGUGACAAUAAAUACGAUUCUUCAAUGAAUGGAAUGCCCCAGCCAAAUCUCCAGCAUCCUCUGUCAAUUCUUCCUCCUCCACCAGUCAUUCCUCCUUCACAGAAUUGGAAUUAUACAGGAUACUACCAAGCUCCGCCACUUAGGAAUGUAAUAAAAAGCGAGACGGUGGAUUCUGUUGUACCGGAGGACCAGAAAAUGGUUGGAGCUCAGGGAAAGAAGAGACCAAAUGUAAGACAAGAAAAUGAUAAUAUGAAAAACAAACAAUCGGCGAAUGUUCAAGUUUAUAGGACACCUUUUGCUGAAAGGUUGAACAGUGGCGAUUCAUCUUCAAAAUUGUCGCCCCAAUUAUUCCAACGAAUGGCUGAUCUGCAAAUCGUACCAUUCGGCGAUGCACUAUUUAAUCGAAAAUUCUGGAUGAUGUCAAAAAUUGUAGUCAUUAUGCCAAGUAUCUGCAGUCAAAUACACGAGUUACAAUCUGAUGGCAUCGAUUGGCUACUACAGAUACGAGUAACAGAUACAUCAGUAAAAAAUGUUAUCUGCCGCGUUUCCACGAGCCUUCUAAAUCGAAUUUUUGGAUUUGAUGUUCAACAGUGCAAGAAUUUAUUCAACAAAAAUCAAGUCGAGGAGCUACGUGCGAAGAAAUGCGAAGCCGAACGUAAACUUCUUGGAUUCAAACGUCUUGAUCUUCUUUUAUGGGUUGAGGUUUCACCAGAGCGUAACCAAAUUCCGCUCAUUCUUGACGUGAAAACGAUUUCUGAUGCUCUCAAUAUUUUGUAAUUAUUUCUAUUGCUUGCUACCUGAAUUCACGUGUACCACAAUAUAGUCAUGUAUUAUUUAAUUGUUCUUGUUUUUUUGUUGUUUCCAAAUACAAUACAACUGUUUUAAGCUU